ACAGACUUACGUGUUUUUUUCUCCAUAUCAUUUUCUUGAGAGAGGUACAUUGAGGUCGACGUGACAGCGUUUAUUGUGUCCAUGGUAUGUAGAGUUAUAGAAGACACAGCAGUUGGUUCUUGCUCGAGCUGGUGUGUGUUGCUUGCUACGCUAAGAGCCUUGUUGGGACGUGUUCAAGGGACUGACGCAGUAUUCCCCGGCAGGUGAGGGCGGCGGCGGAGGGCGUGCCACUGGAGGGGAGUGUUGCCGGGGCAGGCGACCACCCAGUCGGGGGCGCCAACCAGUACCACCCAUGCUCAGUUUGUGGUAGACUCUUCAACCGAGCAUAUAACCUGAAGAAGCACCUGCUCACUCACACGGGGGAGAAGCCCUUUACGUGCAUGUUCUGCCCCUACCGCGCCGCGCUCAAGGGCAACGUCACCAAGCACAUGCAGGCGCGCCACCUGGACCGCUUUGCGCCGCCGCCGCACCCGGCCCUCUGAGGCGAGGCGCCGCUUGGGUCACAACGCCCGCAGCGGGAGGAGGACCUAGGUCUUGAGGAUUUGUAGCUUUGUGUGUAAAGAGUGUCAGUCAAGGGUGCUUGUGUUAGUGCUAAGGGUUUAAACAAUGUCUGGCCGGCGAGCUGGCGUCAAGUCUAUACUGAAGGCUGCCUUGUCUCUCCUGCAGGCUGGGGUCCCGUCCAACACACUGGCCCACCUGCUGACGCGGCUGGCGCCCCCCGCCCGCGCGCCGCACGAGGCCAUCAGGGACCGGGGCGUCGCGGAGGGCGGCCAAUCGUGCCCCCACUGUGGCCGCUUCUUCGGGCGUCCGGUCGACCUUGGGCGCCACCUGCGCACACACACUGGGGAGAAGCCCUUCGCGUGCCCGCACUGCGCCUUCCGCAGCGCGCAGAGCGGCAACGUGUACCGCCACAUCAAGAUGAAACAUCCAGAAUUCUUGGCGGUUCCCCCGCCCUGAGGGCCGCCC